CCUGCUGCUUAAAUCAUCCAAUAUCCCAAUUUCAGAACCCAAAAAGGCUCAAUGUGGUUCUAACACAAAAAAAAUGGAACAUGUUAAUGAACCUUCUUCGGGUUCGUGUAGGCGCAAAGGGGACCAAUCAUGCAAUCUGGUUCAACCACUUAAGAAGAUCAAACAUGAAUCAAAGUUUGUGUUUCCAUUUUCUCUUGAUGACAAUGUUCAAUCUCAAUCAUCAAGGAAUCAACAAAUGAUUUCUUUUAAACCAAAUGAUGAUGAGACGGGUGAUGGUCAUCACACGAGUGACCAACGGGCUGUGGUGAAGCUAUAUAGAGGGGUUAGGCAACGCCAAUGGGGAAAAUGGGUGGCGGAAAUUCGGCUCCCACGUAGUAGGAGUAGACGUUGGUUGGGAACUUUUAAUACCGCGCUUGAAGCCGCUUUAGCGUAUGAUCAUGAGGCUUUUAAGUUGAGAGGAGACAAGGCGCGACUCAACUUCCCUCAUCUUUUUGUCAAAGAUUCACCACCAUGUGCCGAGCAUGAGGUCAACCCUUUGGUCAAUGACUCAUGUAGGUCAGAACAAGCAGGUCCGAGUAAGGAUGAUGACGCUAUCCACGAUUUUGAACCGAGUGAUAGCUUGUUUGCUUGGGACACUAUGGAUGAUGGUGUGACUAAUGCAUUACAAGGUGAUAGCUUUAUAUGGGAUAACUUUGAGCCAUUUUCUUGAGUCCAUGAUAACUUAAAUGCUUUAUGUCACUUUUUUUUACAUAUUCUCUUAAAAUUGGUCAUUAACAUGUGUAUAUCGUUUCUUUGGUUGAAAGAAACCAUAUGAUCUAUGUUUGACAAUACAAAAUGAGUCGAUCACGUGAGUUUAUACGAGGAUUAUAUUUUAAGUCAUAGGACUCGAGCUCACGCAGAGUAUGUGGUCCGUAUUAAUAACUAACUCGGUAAUUCA